AUGGUCCUGAUUCAGGAAAACCUGAGAAUUGCUGAGAUAACUCUCUUAUUGUUAUAUGAUGUAAGACGGUACGUGCACUUUGAGGUAUAUAACUCGAAACCGCCCUCAUUUUUCAUUAUCUUCAUCAAAUCUUCCAAUCACGACUAUCAUGUCUACCAAACGACCGGCACCGCUCCCCUUCAUGUGCCCCUAAUCAUCGAUAGCCGCGAAGAGCCUGGUCAAAAGUCCUUCAAGGUUGUCAGUCCUUACACGAACAAAGUCUGCUGGACAGUUGCAUCCGCGACCCCCGCUGAUGCCGUUCGCGCUGUGGAAACCGUUCAGAAAGCAUUUCCAGCGUGGUCUAACACAAAGCCAAUUUUUAGGAGAGAUAUACUGUUCAAAGCUGCUGAUAUACUAGAAUCACGACUCGAGGAGAAUGGUGAAUUCAUGCGGACAGAGAUGGAAUCCGAUGUCCCUUCUUCGACUGGAUUAUCGUUCCGCUGGCAAUUCGCAUGUUGCGUGAUAUUGCUUCUAGGGUUACUUCUAUCUGUGGUAGCGUUCCAAUUGUUGAAACAGAAGGGCAGAGCGCGAUCGUACAUCGAGAACCCAUGGGAGCGAUCUUGGGGCUUUCUGCUGGGUUGCUUUAACUUGAUCUCGACUCGGGCCGAAGAUGCAGCUGCUGUGGUCCCGAGCAUGAUAGAGCAUCCGGCAAUUCGGAAGGUCAAUUUCACUGGCAGUACAGCUGUUGGUCGAAAAGUUGCUUCCUUUUGUGGACAGCAUCUUAAGCCGUGUCUGAUGGAAUUAGGAGGCAAGAACAGUGCGAUUGUCUGCGAGGAUGCCAAUAUGGAGAUUGCUGCCUGGGUUGUCCUGAUGGGUGCAUUUCUUAAUUCAGGACAAACUUGCAUGGCGACUGAUCGCAUCAUCUCACACUCAGCUAUUGCGGACAACUUCAAGAGCACAGUAAAAAGGCUGCUCACCGAGAAUUCCUUUGCACAACUCUGGGCCUUGGUCAGCAUGGCUUCAAAGGCGCGGGCGACUGAAAUAAUCACCAGUGCUCUCUCAGCAGGGGCAGAAGUCGUCCACGGAGUGUUCCACGAUACCGCCAUCUCUCAGCCAGACUCAGACGUAUCAAAGGUUAGUAUGGCCCCAGUAAUCCUGGGGAACGGGGUUUCAAGCUACUUAACCUUAAAUGGAUUUGACCAGGCUUUGGCCUUUCUUCAGCAACUGGCUCAAAAUCAAGCCGUCUGUCUCAUGAAUGUGUGCGUGCUGCGUGAGACCGUUAAGAUCAUUUCCCCUCUUGGGAACCUGUUGGUUGAUCAUGCUGUUGUUAAGGUUUAUGGGUUGUGGACCAGACACCCAAAUUCCCAGGUAAGCGAAGUUCAGAGGAGUUCUGGUUAG